UCAUUGCAUUCUGCAGACAUUUCAAUACAAUGGCGAGCGUAGCUUCAAAAGGAUCUGGUCUCAUAAACAGGCUGCUUGUGCAAGCAAGACCUCAGUUGGAUGUUUUCUUAAAAUACGCGAAAGUGGAGUUAACUCCCCCAACACCAGCCGAUAUUCCAGCUAUUCGCCAAAGUAUUGGUAAUAUCGUCAAGAGUGCAAAGACCGGAUCCUACAAAAACCUAUCGGUUAAGGAGGCAUGGCUUAACACACUUGUCACUGCAGAGGUUAUCUUCUGGUUCUACGUUGGCGAGUGCAUCGGCAAGCGUCAUAUUGUUGGCUACAACGUUUAAAUUUACAGUUACGAAAAAUUAGCGAAUGACAAAUGAUUUGGCAUCACUAACGAUUAUGUAUGUAAACGAAUAAAAGUUUCAAAUUUAAAUGUAA